CGGGAAGUAGUCCAGAUUCAUUAGUGAAUUUGGCCUGCCCUGUGUGGUUUCAAAAUGAGUACUUAUACAGACACACAACUUGAAGCUGCAGCUCCCACAUUCAUUCCCACAUGCUAAGAGUGCAAGCAACUACUCAUCACUUUACGUACGCACCCCAGCCAUUCUCUUUUUUUCUAGCUAAAUCUUGCACCUCACCCAUCCAUCUUCUUCAGUUCUUCUAAUAUAUGAUUAUAUAAAUAAAUAAAUAAAUAAUUACUGUGACUACUUAAUACUGCGUAAUUAUUAUCAAUCGAAAAUCCUACUUUAUAUUACGGAGUACGUGUAUAUAUUAUUGUUUCAAUCAAUUAAUUAAAUGUAAUAAUAUUUUUAUUCAGAUGGGAGGCAUGAGAAGAUAAAGUGAAGAAAUAAAAAGAGUAAGUAAUUAAGGUAUAGUUGAGAUGGAAUGGUGUUCAGGAAGGGAAAAGACGACAAUCGAUGCAACUCCUAAGGUUCCUUCUGGUGAUGGUCCCUAUGUUCGAGCCAAACAUGCUCAGUUGGUGGAAAAGGAUUUGGAAGGAGCAAUAGUAUGGUUUUGGAAGGCCAUAAAUGGAGGGGAUAGGGUAGGAAGUGCCCUUAAAGACAUGGCCGUGGUGAUGAAGCAAUUGGAUCGAUGUGAAGAAGCCAUUGAAGCCAUCAAGUCAUUUCGUGUUUUUUGCCCCACCCAAUCACAGGAUUCCUUUGACAACGUCCUUCUGGAUUUAUACAAGAAAUGUGGAAAAGUAGAUGAACAAAUCACGUUAAUAAAACAGAAGCUAAGAAAGAUAUAUCAAGGCAAGGUCUUCAAUGGCAAACCAACCAAAACUGCUCGUUCCCAUGGCAAAAAGUUUCAAGUUUCUGUCACGCAAGAGAGUGCCAGAUUACUAGGAAGUUUGGGCUGGGCCUACAUGCUGAAGCACGACUACAUAACAGCAGAAGUGGUGUACCGAAAGGCCCAAAUGAUUGAUGCAGACUGCAACAAAGCCUGUAACCUGGUCCAAUGCUUGAUCAAGCAAUCCCGGUACGACGAAGCCCGUUUCUUCCUUGAAGAAAUGUGGAAGGGGAGCUACCCGGGUUCGGAUGAACCGAAAACCAUAACCCGGAUGGAAGAGUUGCUGUCCGAAUUGGAGCUUAUACGGCAGCAGCCCACAUAUUCCUUACAGAGUCUUCCAGAGCUGGAUGAUGAUUUUUUUAGUGGGCUUGAUGGGGUGAUGAGUGAGUUGGGUCCGUUAAGGUCCAGAAGGCUGCCCGUGUUUGAAGAGAUUACUCCUGUUAGAGAUCAGCUGGCUUGUUAAUUAUAUGCAAAUUUGCAUAACUGUAAUUAUUAGAGCCUGUUUGUUGAUGUAAAUAUGCCUUAAAUAACUUGAAUUUACUUUGUUACUUCAUUUCUCUAUCCAACAUAGUCAUUAUAAAAAAAUAGUACAAUCGAAUUAAAUCAGGUUUGAUUGCAAUCACUAUUGCCAAAUGUUCACACCUUGGAGGUA